CAAAAUUAAGGUUUCACCUAAAAGACCAGCUAUCUUGAAAGAGCUAAAUUUUAUAGCAACUCUCCGUUCAUUAAGAGGAACUGAAUUGACAGGCUAUUAUGCUUAUUUCAACAAUACUGGUGCAAGGCAUGUGGGACUCACGACUUGGGUUGCUAUAAUUGGAGCUAUAAGGAGAACUUUUUCAACGCCUUCUUAUUCUUUCUAUCUCAAUGGGUUAUGGUGUUGUUCGUCCUACCCUUGGUGGUCUCACCGCAAAGGUGCUCCUUCUUGGAAUAACUUAUUUUGUGGCAUCUAUACUACUAAACAUUACCGAAUACGUUGGUACAAUAAAUGACAUUGCUGGGCGAGCAAGAGUCCUGUUGGUCCUUCCUGAUGCAUUGUUAGAUGCAUUUUUGAUCUUAUGGAUUUUCACUUCUCUUUCCAAGACACUGGAGCAGCUUCAGAUUCAAUAUUUGAAUGAUUACAUCGCUUAUGUCAUCGGCGGCUUUCCAGCCUUGCCCCAUGACCCCUUGGGCGCGCCCCGUUGCGUCCUAGCAAGCCUCCCAAUGCCUAGCGCCACGGACAGCCCCGAGGUCUUGGCUACGCCAAGUGACAAGCGUGCAUGUGCCUCUGUCGCCCCACCGAUAUCCCUCACCAGCGCCCAGCCGCAGGCAGAUGCCAACAACGCCGCGCGCGCAGUCCCUGAUGCCAAAGAGAAUGUUGCUGACAACGGACCUGUUUCUACCCUGUAAAAACUAAGUCUUUUUCAUUGUAAAUAUGGAGUAGUUUUAUUUCAUGUACUUCCAUUAUGUUUCUCUAGCUUAGUCAAGUCUAGUCUUGUAACUUUGAUUUAUUUU